AUGACAGCAGGUGACGCUGCGGCUGCGGCCAAACAGCAUUGGAACGCUCUUGCCCAAUGCGGGGUGGAGAUCAGAAACCUCCAGUCAUUGAAGGAUACACUGUCCGACCGGAACUCCAUCGAUCUUCCCCUGCCAGACAUCAGAGCGCAGAUCGUGUUGCUGGCAGAGCAGCAUGUGGCGCCGGAGAAGCUGCAGCAGCUUUACCUGGCCUUGUCGUCAGGAUACACCUUGAGUGGUGGUCUGGCGCUGCCCAAGGACCAGGCGCAGACCAUGAUGCACCUCCUAGCUUUGAAGAGGGCAGAGCCCGACCAGCUGAAAGCCCUCUACCAGGUUAUGUACGGCUAUUCUGGCCUGGGCUUUGCCAAGUCCCUGGCGCAGACCACCUCCAUCCAGCUGGCUCAGGCUGGAGCAGAUUCUGCCCACUUCAAGGAGACCUACAUCGCUUCAGCGCCUCGCGGGCAGGCGACCGCCAUCGCGGAAGCCUCGAAGGCGGCUGUAACCAAUGACCUCUCAGGCAUGGUCAGACGCUAUGCCUUGGAUGCCAAACCCUACACAGCCGGAGAGUUCCUCCAGCAUUAUGGCGAAGGAGCCUGGCUUAACCAGUGGCUCGACAGCCCCCUGGAGAAGCGCCUCUCCAACGACCGACGCGCAUACACCGCCAACCAGUUCUCCAGGCAUUUCCCGAGCACGUGGAUCGCCAUGUACAAGGGCAGCCAGGAGGCUACGCAGAUUCGGUUGGCCGAGGAUGGCAAGCCCUACACAAUGGCCGAAUACCAGCAGUAUUACGGAGACCAGUGGCACGACAAGUGGAGCGUUGCACCUGAGCUCUCCUGCAAAGAAUGCGCGCCCUACAUCCCCAUCACGGUGCUAGUUUGA